UGUAGACAGAGGAUGGAUUAAAAGAUUUAAGACCAGAUAUUCCUUUCUUUCCUCAUGACUACAUGAGGGGAUGGCUGCUGCAGAUGGAGGGUGUGGAUUCUUUUUUUUUUUUUUCACGUGAGCCAGUAUCUCUGCACGUAUUGUUUGAAGCCUCAUUUACCUGACACUUCCUAAAGAGGACACAGUAUAUAAAUAUCAUCCAGUAAAGUUGUGGUGCAGAGUUACAAAAAGGCCACCCACAGUCUCCCCAUUGUUCACCGGCAGCGCUGUUGGUCUGACGCCCAAGCUGCUUAGACAUGGCCCCCAAGAAAGCCAAGAAGAGGGCAGCAGAGGGAGCAAAUUCCAACGUAUUCUCCAUAUUUGAGCAGGCCCAGAUCCAGGAGUUCAAAGAGGCCUUUACUAUUAUGGACCAGAACAGGGACGGCUUCAUUGACAAGAAUGAUCUUAGGGACACUUUUGCUGCCCUGGGACGACUGAACGUGAAACAGGAAGAGAUCGACGACAUGCUCAAAGAGGCUUCCGGCCCAAUCAACUUCACCGUCUUCCUCACCAUGUUUGGAGAAAAACUCAAAGGUGCUGAUCCAGAGGAAACGAUCCUGAAUGCGUUUAAAGUCUUUGACCCUGAAGGGAAAGGAGUGCUAAGGAAGGAUUACGUGACACAGAUGUUAACGACACAAGCCGAUCGAUUCUCCGCCGAAGAGAUGGAGCAGAUGUUUACUGCCUUCCCCCCUGAUGUGUCAGGAAACCUGGACUACAAGAAUCUGGUUCACAUCAUUACUCACGGAGAGGAAAAGGAUCAGGAGUAAACUUUCUUUGUCUUUGUCAAAUAAAAAAAUCUUUAAAAGCAACCCAAGACCUGUGAGGGAGACGAGAACUAUUAGUUUGAAUCUGGAAAUUGCUUUUCUUUUCAAACAGGGAGAUGACUGGACUACUUUGACAGCUUUGAAAGUACUAAGCCACGUACAUUUGAAAGGAACUUAAUUGUUUAUCCCCUCUCUAUUAAGAGAUAAGGAAGUCAUUUUAAUAAGACAGUUGUCUGGCUUUUACUUUUACCAGAAACCUGUCAAAAUUUCCCUUUUUUAUCCCAGGUUAUGCAGUGCAGGUGAAUAAUAAGUAUUGCAUGUGCACCCUCAUAAAUCCCCACACCCUGCUUUGAAGCGGCAUUAUGCAGUUCUGCAUGUGUGCAAAGGAAAGAAUUGGCUUCGGAACAAAAAGGUUUUACUGAGAUGCAGCCAUGCUGCUAUUAUACUGUUGUGCCUUUGGUGGUUUAGUCACCGGAAUGGUUGGGCAGCAGGCGGAGAGGAAAAAUGCACCCCACCCCCAAGUCAUCCUUGCUGCACUCACCUGGGUCAUUUGGGAUGCCUUGGAGGGAAAAUGUGGGGUAAUAAAGUUUUUAGCUGUUCCAGCAUGAGCUACUGCAGACGGGAUCUUUUGCACAGCUUCACACUCAAAUGUCUGCCCAAUUUCACAAUGAUGCCAUAAAAAUCUAUAUCUAUAUAGAUAUAGAUAUAUAGAUAUACAUAUAUCUAGAUAUAUAUAUAUAUAUAUAUAUCUAUAUCUAGAUGGAUAUAUAAAUAGAUAGAUAUAUGUAGAUGUAUAGAUAUAUAGAUUCAUAUAGACAUAUAUAUGUGUCCAACUGUUUCAAAUUACUUUGUGAUUUAGAUGAAAAUAAAUUGAGUUUCAAUGUUUAUGAUCUUAUAGUUCAUUGGAGAAAACAAUAAAAUCCCAGUAGAUGAGUUGUUGUGUGUCAACAUUUGAAUCUGAAGCAUGUCAGUGUGAGCUUUGCUCUGACAGAAAAUAAACCGAAUUCUCAUCUGAAGUAUCUGAAUGUCAUGACAGUAAAACCCUGGCAGGAAAGAAGCAAUUAGUCCUGUCAAUCAAAAGGAGACUUGGCGUUUUUUUAAAUUGACGUUUACUCUCACUAAACACAGUUUGAUCCUGUGACUUUAUCACGUCUCAUAGAAAACUUUUCUCUUUCUGCAAAGACAUACUGCCAUGCAGAGGGAGCUCUGGCAAUGCAGGUCUAAAGUGAACUAUGUUCUGUCAGGAAAAGAUGCCACCUAGUGGUGGGUAAAGUCUCCAAAAUUCUGCAGCAAUGCAUUCUACAUUUGUUUACGCAAAAAAGAGCAGAGGUGGAGUUUUUCCGAUUAUGGGAAGGCCAAACGUAUGAGAUGGGCUUUUUUCUUUAUUGCUGUUUGAUGUUUAUGCCAUGUUGGCUGUUAGCUGUCACACGGUCUGCACUGAUUUACAAACCUUAAAAAUUGGAGGCUGCAGUAAUCCCACAUGUAUGUUUUUGCUUUCUGAAAAUUUUUUGUGAAUGUCAUGAUGUGUGAAACUGUAAACAUGUAAUGUUUUUUUCUUAUUUGAUCCAGAGUAAAUCUGUUUUUAAAUCACAUGAGCCAAUAUUAUAUUUACAGCAGAACAUACAUGACAAAAACAUGAAUAAACUGUGAAAUCUAACAAAU